AUGAUACCUUCACAAUCAAGUCAUUUUACAGUAAUUUCUGAUGUUCAUAACACCCACCUUUCAUUAGCACUAAAAAAAACUGAUUAUUUAUUAAUUUGUGGUGAUAUUACUAAUAGAGGAAAUAAAGAUAAUUUAAAAUCAUUUGGAAAAUGGUUAAAAAAUCAACCAGCAAAAAACAUUAUUAUGGUUUUAGGAAACCAUGAAAGAGAGGGUUACAUUAAUCGGUCGUUUAUUAUUAAAUCAUUUCAAUCAAUACCUAAUUUGAAUAUAUUAAAUGGAUUACAAAUAAUUAAUGGGUUUCAGUUCUUUGGUCAAUCAUUUCCAUUUAAACCAGUUAACACCAAACUCCUUUCAAUUAACCCAGACAAACCUCUUAUUACUCUCUCACAUGAACCGCCAUAUGGAAUCAUGGACUAUGGUAUUUAUCAAAGAAAAAUUAUUAACGAUACCUUUUAUCAUGCAGGAAAUAAAGUAGUUAGAAAAUUUAUUGAAGAAGUUCAACCUCAGGUUCAUUGUUUUGGUCACUGUCACUCUUCGCAUGGAGUUUGUUUAUUUGGUAAAACAUUAUGUGUUAAUAGUUCGUUGACUGAUGAUGAAGGACAACCAUUUAAGAAACCAAUUUGUUUAAUGUACAAAAAUAAAGAAUUUAAACUAAUAGAUAAAUCAAAAUACAUUCCUUUUUACUCAUUUCUAAAACAAAAAAAAAUUGAUCCAUUUGAAUUUAUUAUUUCAAAGAAUGAAUAUUUUAAUUAA